UAAUCAGUUACUAAAUAAUACUACAAAUUUCAUUGCCUUCCUAAAUGCAUGAAACUAAGGUAACGACACUGUUGUGACAAUUCGUGUCCCUACUCAGUAUGGCAGCUAAGAAAGUCAAUCCUAGCUCGAGAAAAAGAAGCAGGAAAGGAAAUGAUCAAUCCGGAUUCAGCAGCGACAUGCAGCAGCGAAACGCUGAGACCGUAGACCCCGUGUCUGCAGGGCUAGGAAAGAGUGGGUCAAGCCUCCGCCCGCUGUCGACUGAGCAAUUGACCGUCGAUUAUAAAGCUGGAAUCAUCAUGGCCAUAACUUUCCCUCUUGCCCUGUUGAUAUUCUGGAAGGUUACACUCCCUGUGACCUGGUUCGUAAUAAAAACUGCUCUUGGGGAAAAUCUUGUGCUGAAACUUCAUUAUUUCAAGCAAGAUCUGUUGACUGCCUUAACUUCGGAAUGUCCAUCAUGGCUUCCUGCAGACGAGCGAUCCUACCUUGAUGAUAGGUUGGCAGAGACCUUGAGAAGAAUAACUAGUCCAAAAACACAGCAAGAAUUUGAAGAUCUUAUUGAGCUUGGAGAGCCCCUCAUUAUAACGGAUGCAAUGAAAGGAUGGGAGAGUUUUGGAACAUGGGAUUGUAGUUCAUUCUCCCAACAAUAUAAGGAUGCAGACUAUUUUGACUGGCAGGCUAAUGUAAAGUACCAGCUAUCCAAUAUCAGCAGUAGACCUGGCUACAAUGGAAUGGCAUGUGCAGCAGGAUAUAUAGAGCCAUUUUGGCCAGAAAAUUCAAAAUAUGUAAAGGAUUGGAUGAAAAAGAUGUCGCCACUUCCUAGCUUCCUCCCAAGCAAUGCCUUGCCUGAUGAUGCACCUAUAACAGGGUUUCUAGGGGUUUCAGGGACGGGUGUAUCUCCUCAUCUGGAUGAGACAUGUGAUACCUUCAUGACAGCGCAGUUCAGUGGAGUGAAGAAUUGGAGUUUAUCAUGGCCUGUAAAAGAAAAUGGGGUGGUGAAAUGGAGAAAGCCGAUAGUCUUCACACUUUACCCAGGUGACAUGAUGUUCUGGUAUGCCAACAUGAGACACCAUACGGAAGUCAUCCAUGGCUGCUCCCUUAGCUUUAGUUUCCGCAUACAAACUCCAGUACCAAAACUCUACUUUACGGAGCAGCGAAAACUCAUCUCUGACCUCGCUGAUGAGGAGCGAUACAGGUUGUAUGAAGAGACGCACACUCAAAAUAAGUUCUUCCUUGAUAAAUGCCAUCUUGUCAUGAAAUAUGAUCAGGUCUUCCUUAAUUGAUCCUAGGGAUCAACAGAUUUUUUCCAUUGUAUCAUUUACUGAUAUUAUUUAUUUGCAUGAAUAUUUUGUAUCGUUACUAGCCCUGGGAGUGAAACUCAAAUCAAUGUAUUCGAACAGUUUACAAACAAUCCGCAACCAAAUACUACUUUUUUACAUCAAUGAAGUGUUCGCCAGAUGUUGAUUACUGAUUUGCGAUUUUUGAAUAUCAAAAGUAAAUUAAUAUAAUCUUAGAUAUUUGAAAUGGCCCAAUAGAAAUCAGUGAAAAAAAUUGACAUGAUCCAUGCAACUACUAAAAUUACAGUCAGUCGGCAAGCCCUGAAAAAGUAGCUUCUUUUAUCCAAGUGAUAUUCAUGACUAGAGGGU